AUGUCCCCCUCAACCCGCCGCCUCCUCAAAGAAUCCACCGACCUCCAAACCAACCCAUCACCCUACUUCCACGCCGCCCCCGUAUCCGACACCAACCUCUUCGACUGGCACUUCACCCUCCUCGGCCCACCACCACCCUCGCCCUACGCCGGCGGCAUCUACCACGGCCGCAUCACCCUCCCACCCACAUACCCACUCCGGCCCCCCAGCUUCCGAUUCCUAACCCCCUCGGGACGAUUCGAAGUCAACCGCGAGAUCUGUCUCAGUAUCUCAGGCCAUCAUGAGGAGACGUGGCAGCCCGCGUGGGGGAUUCGGACGGCGUUGAUUGCCCUGCGGAGUUUCAUGGAUGGAGAUGCGAAGGGACAGGUGGGCGGGUUGGAUGUGGCGGAUGAGGUGAGGAGGAGGUAUGCGAGGGAGAGUAGGGCGUGGAGGUGUGAUGGGUGUGAGGGGAGUAAGGGGAGGGGGAAUGAGGUUGUUAUGAGGGAGUGGUGGGGGGUUUGUAGGGAGAGGGGGGUGGGGGUUGAGGGGGAGGAUUUUGGGGGGGAUGAGAUGGGGGAUGAGAGGGAGGGGGAGGAGAAGGAGGGGGAUGAGGCUGCAGCUGCGGAUGCAGGUAUAUCUGCAGGUGUGGAUACGUCUCAGAUCCCUCAAGCAGAGGUACAACCACAGCCUCAACCACAGCAGCCCCAACAACAGCAAUUACAACAUACUCCCCCAGCAACAAGACCUCCACCACCAGUGCCUACUGCACCAGCUGCUGCUGCUGCAGCCGCUGCAACAUCUCAAGAUACACCCUGGCUCGACCGAGCCAUUAUCGGCGUCAUCAUCGCCCUAGUAGCCAUGAUCCUAAGACGUCUAACGCGCGACAUGGACUUGGAGUGA